CUGGUUUAUAGGAGGACAGCUGUAUGUAGUUAAGCGGUCUCAUGAGGACAAAUCAAAAAAUGUACUGGAUGAUUCAUGUGGGAGCAAGAGCCCCUUUAAACAGAUAAGAUGGUCCGAGGUCAAUCUAUAUUUAAAAUCAGUUUAUUUAUUUUACAAGCAGCCAUGCAUGCAAACCUCAUAAGACAUAAUAUCACAUAAAAUGUUUGGAUUGUACAACUAUAUAAACAAACAAACAAACAAAUUGCGGUAAGUGUGGGCAUUUUGGGAUUCCUUAGAAUUAUCUGACAUCUCACUCCCCCUAUGAUGUCAAAACAAGAUAAGAAGGAACGUAUUCUGUGAGUUGCUCUCAGACCACAAUUCUGCACUUGUGUUGAAGCAAUUUUCUUCACACUCUGCCUACAUCUCAAUCAGGAAACUACUGCAGUCUCAACUCAGAAACUACCAUGACAUCCAACAUCACUACACAUAUCAACAAACUGGAUUCAUCUAUUCUUCCUCCUGUGCUAAUUAUUGAGUUUCUUCUUGGUCUGCCUGGCAGUGUCAUGGCAUUAUGGGUUUUUGGCAAAAAUAUGAAGUCUUGGAGGGUCAACGUCAUGUUCCUCUUCAACCUUGUUCUGUCUGACGUCCUGCUCCUCUUGAGUCUACCCUUCCGCAUUGACAACUACUUACGUAAUGAGACGUGGAUAUUCGGCGAUGCCUGGUGUCGGAUAAAUCUGUUCAUGCUGGCCGUCAACCGCUCAGCCAGCAUUGCCUUCAUGACUGCCGUGGCUUUCGACCGUUAUUUUAAAGUGGUCCAUCCGCAUCACGUUAUCAAUCACAUGAACUUAAAGCAAGCAACCUGUGUUUCCUGCUUCAUCUGGGGAGUUGUAAUAGCCCUGAGGACCCCUUUACUGGCCAACAACCUCCUAAGCAACACUUCAGUUUGCAGAAGUUUCGGUUAUGAGAACCCUUCACUAGGUAUCCGCCUACAUUAUGCUGUGUUUAUCUUAGAGUUUUUCGUGCCUCUAAUAUUCCUGAUCUUUUGCUCUGUGAGCAUCGCCUGCAAGCUGCGUUCUCUUCAGAUGGACAAGGAUAAGAAGGGACAAAAAGCUAUUCGGAUCGUCCUGGUUAUCGUUGGGGUUUUCAUUUUUUGUUUCUUCCCCAGCGUUGCCACAGGGUUGUUUGGCCUUCAUUUAAAAUCACUUGGAAAAGAUGUUAGCAAUCCAGACCAUCUGUUCUCUCAGUGGUUUCAAACCUCCUUAGCAUUCACCUAUCUGAACAGCGCUCUGGAUCCGGUCAUCUAUUGCUUCUCCAGUUCAAUAUUUUUCAAUUAUUUGAAAAGAACGUUAAACCGGAUUAGCUUCUUACAGCUAGAAGUCAAAUGACGGGGCUGCAUGCAAAACGGAAAUGACUGAGAAGAUACAGUUGGAUUGGAAAGGAGAGAUAUUCAAUGUUAACUAAGUGACUAAAGUGUACAGAUAUACUCACUUUCUGAGCUGAUGAACAAUAAGCCAUUGACAGCCAAUCAAAUCUAUUUGAACUUCAAGUGCAAGCAUAUUUGAAUUAACAUAAAGUUCAGUGAUGUUCCCCUAAUGUAGUUAUCUUCAUAGUUAACAUUAUAGUUUUUGUUAAAGUGUGAUCGGCCCUUAAGCCUAUUGAGCUGACUUAAUUCAAAUUCAAUCAAAUGUCUAUUUCUGUUUUAAGUCCAGUGAUGAAUCCGUGUUUCCCAUUAUUCCAAAAUCGAAUCUGUCCUGCUACAGUUUUGUAACAAAAAAGGAAUCCGCACACUGAACUCACAAAAAUAUAUAGAUUUAUUAAAUCACCGAAGUAACGUUUCGGGCUACCGCCCUUUUUCAGACUCCGGCACCUGCUAGUGUUUGGAUGUGCGCGUCUCCCUCUUUAGUACAGUUUUGUAACAAACUUAUAAGAACACUAACGCUGUGUUUUCGUAAUUCUGCUAAUCAAACAGAAAAAUAAACCUAGAUAACUUAUAUUAUAUAUACUUAUAUGCAUUUAUUAAACCACAUCAUUUAAAUUUAUACCUUAGUUCAUAAAUAAUUAUUAAUAACAAUUCAUAAUUAUUAUUAUAAAGAGCUAAAAUAAAAGUGUUUUAAGUCAUUUAAAAUGUUUUUUUUUUUUUGCUCUCUAUUUUUUAUUUUUUAUACCUAUUCAUUGUCAAUUUUAAUGACUGUCAGUUUGAGAUAAAUAUUUGUAGUUCACAAACUAAGCAAUACUGAAAUCAUAAUUGUAUUACACUACAUCAUUUUUUAAAAACAUUAUUCAUAAAAAAUUAUAUUCAGUUAUUUGUAAUAUAAUGUCAUUGUAAAUAAAUCCCAGUAGUAGUAAUGUAGCUAGCUACUUUAACUUGUAGUGUAGCUAACUACUUUUUCAGAUGGGUAGCUUGGCUGUAGUUUAACUACCUUUACUGAUAAGCUUGUAGCUUAUCUAACUAGCUUCCCCAACAGUGGGUGUAAUUGAAUCCAGAGAGGAGGAUUAAUUUACCAUCAGCAAAACCCUGAACUCUUAAGGGGAUCACACACCGGCCGCGCAGCUCAGCGCCGCAUCGCGUCGCGUCACGCCUAGGAGAACUCGGACGUAUUGUAAACCGGAAGUGCACAUUAAAUAGCGCGAGCUUUAAAAUGUGAAAUAUACGUUAGCAGCCAAUGUAACUCAUUAAUGAUGUGCGACAAAUAUGAUGUUAUUUAAUGUUAAACUAUGUGAGUGGCGCUGUGUGGCGCGACAGGGAUUUGAGCAACUUCCUGAGUCACAGCUGGGCGGCGCGGACAGGCGCCACCUGGCGGCGCCGGUGUGCGUAUACUCAUAGAAAACAAUGUGUUCGAUUUUUUUAGAACGGCCUGAUUUAAGGUAAUCCCUGUCUGGGAAACCACCCCUUAGUUAAUUCACCCAAACCUAGGACCCUAGACAAUCUACUGAAAGUAAUGUAGGGUUAAUUUGCACUCCAGGUAACAACACAGAUAUUGGCAAUGAAAUGCUGAUUUCAAGCUGAGUACAAUAUGUAAAAUUUAAAGGUACGACGUGUACGAUUUUUGUAUGAAAAUAUCUAAAGAUGUUUAUAUUGUUUGUUCAUAUGUGUACUUCCCAAAUGUUUUCAUCCAGAGAAAUUUUUAAAAAGCAUUCAGCCCUGAUGAUGAGAUGAUGUUGUUUCUAUCAAGCCACUCUGUCGGAUUACAUUACAUGUAACACAGGGGUGUAAUGGUACACAGUUGUCAAAAGAAAAAAGCAUCAAAUACCAAAUGCCUGGGAUCUUUAUUUACAUUUCAUUUAAAAACUGCUGGCAAAUAUAUGUGUUUUGUACAUACAUUUGAAUCAGAAACUUAAGGGUUUUACAUAUACAGUUGAAAGAAAAAGUAUGUGAACCCUUUGGGCUUACUUGGAUUUCUUCAUAAAUUGGUCAUAAAAUGGGUUCUGAUCUUCAUCUAAGUCACAACAAUAGAGAAACACAGUCUGCUUAAACUAAUACCGCACAAACAUUAUAUGUUUUCAUGUUUUUAUUGAACACAACAUGGAAAAAGAGUGGAAAAAGUAUGUG